CCCGGCCAGGGCCCAGAAAGGGUUGGACUGGGGGCACAGCCAGAUGGACUCUCUUAGCCAGAGCUGGCCUUUAGGUUGGAGAAGGGGGUGCCAGAGCUGGGGAGCGUUCCUUUGGCAGGGUCUGUCAAGGGAACCUGAGCCAGUCACCAGGGCAGAACUAAGGCCUGGUGUCUUGGGGUGUGCCUCUUUAAAGACUGGGGGUUCAGAGAACCACGGGAGUUUGGGAACCUGGCUAGAUAGCCUCUGUGCCUGUUUAUUUUUGUGUUGGGGGAGCUCGACUAAACUAGGACCCGGGCCCUGAUGCCAGUACCAAUCCCAGGCUGCUGCUUCUCCUCUCAGGGUUCCUUGUGGGCCUUGGGACAGAGCAACUUGGGAUGGUGGGGGAGGGUGCUACUGCCAGGUCAGACUUAUGCCAGUUGGACUUUAAGGUUGUUCCUACCGAGUUGGGCACCCAAAGCAGUCCCUGGAAAACUCAAGGAACCCCAGAUCCUUCACCAGGCCUCCUUUCACUGGGCAAAGGGAGAGUGUGUGGAAACUGACUGACUAGUUGUGAUGAAGGGGGUGGCUGGGGCAAGAAGGAGGCGGGGCUGGGGCAGCUCUGGCCCUGCUGUUCAACUUUAAACUGCCCCUGCCUGGCAAAGUGACCCCAGUGAGGCCUAGUGCUGUCUUAGCCUGCUUUGCCUCCCCUCCUCUUGGGAUGGAUCUAAUCUCCAGAGGAUUAUAGAGGAGGCCGUUGAGAUUUGCUCCCUGCGAAUGUAGGCUGCAAAAAAUGGCUUUUGUCUUUUGCCUUCUCCCGGCCUGGUAUGGAGAGCUGGCUGCCCAUGAGUCCCUGGCCAGUCCUGCAAGCCCCUCCCAGACCUCUCCAACCCUUUUUUGACCAGGGAUUGUUAACUGGUUUUCUGAUCCUGUACCAACUGUGCAGAAUGGGGUGGCCUGUGUCUCUCUGGAGGAGAAAUGGCUUGAUCAGAGCUCUUUUCUCCUGGAAACCAGUGAUUCCACCCCUGGCAGAAGGUAUUGGGAGAAAGGGUGUGUAUGUGCCUGCAGCUUGAGCCUCAAUCCUGUGGGCCUUGCUUGGGCUGGGACUGCCCCUCUCACACCUGUCAUGCUACCCAGCAGCCAUUUGGCUGGUGCAUUUUACUCCCUCAUUCUGUCUGCUCCAACAUACAUAUACUAGAUUUCUUUGAGUCUGGUUUUGGAAAGGAGAAAAUAGGGGUUUUGCCUUUUAAAGAUUUCUGAAAGGUGAGAGAUGGCACGGGGUAGUGGAGUGAGGUGAGCUGUCAAUCCUGCUCUCCACUCCUUCAUUCUAUGGAGAGUCCCUCCUGUUUGUCCCGAAACAACUUCCUUAUGUAGGACUGCACCUUGUUAGCUGUGCCUGCUCUCAGGAUGAGCCAGGGACACAGUUCAGAGGGUCUGCAGGGCCAGUGUUGCAUUUGGAUCCAUCUCGGAGGGCUGACCCAAGAUGGGGGUGGGAAGAGGUGUGGUUUGAGUCCAGGCUGGGAACCAGGAAGUCCUGAGUCCUACUGAAGAGCUGUUCACUCAAGGGCCUGCUUCAGCCUUACACCUCUCCAAGCGUCCAUUUCCCCCUUGUCUGGGAAAAUGGAGUGAAAGCUGUUGAUCUGGGAGGGAGGCAGGAAGGAGAGUGGGUUGAGAUAAAUCCCUGUCCUUUUCUUUGCUGUUUUGGACCUCUUAGGUAUAGGACUGAGGGGUGCCAGCACAGUUUUACUCUCUAGAUCUGUACCUACUGUAUGGGAUCUCUAGUUCUGUGGAGGAAGCCUAAACUACCCCAGUUUAGAUCCAGGGAAAAAAUCCUUGGUGUGCAUGUGUGUCAGUUUACUGGCUGUGAAUGAUGGGACUGGGGAACCUGAGGUCUUUGUUGAGAUAUGUUCAGGGGCCUGUUAACUGGGAAUCAGCAUUGGGAUCCCUAUGCUGGACUGCAGGGAUGGGGAAAUAGGGACUGAGGGCUCAGGCUUUUUGGAGGUGCCCCCUAGAUUAUUUUUGGUACAAGUUGUAUGACAUUUUUCUCUUUGCUUCUUAAUCUCUGAUCUUCCAUGGCCCCAUGAAUGGGCUCUGGCUGUAGAGGAUGUUAGUACUCUCUCAAGGCCAGAUGAAGGUGGUUUCUGUACCUUCUUGAGCAGUAGCAGCCUUACCAGCCUGAGGGGGCUGAGCUCGGGGGGAGGGCUGAGGAAUUUGCCCCUCUGGCCUUGUGUGAGGCAGCCCUCCUCCUACCCACUCUAUUAUCAUUGUUGCCUUUUACUUCUUGAUGUUUGUGACUCUUUUGGCCUCAACUUUGAGACCACAGUGAGUAGAGGAUCUUUAGGGGUAUGUGGUGGUAAGAUAUAGUAAGAUGCAAAGGAUUAGAAAACUUUAAGGGCCCCUUGGACCUUCUGGGUGUGGUCAGGCCUUAAAUGACUGACUGGAAGAGGGGCCUGGCUGCUGCCCUCACCUCCACCUCGCACUUCCCAUGGUAGCUUCUAAGGACUCCUUGAAGUUCUGGAGCAGCUUUUGUAUGAGCUGGCCAGAUGACCCACCCUGCUUUCCUUUCAAGUGUGGUUGUGUGGCAGGUUUGGGAAAGAGAGAUGGCUUGGGAAUGGAGAUGAUGCGUAUCAGGUGAUGCUUUACUUUCUCCAGUGGGUUCUGAGAGUGUUAGGGGAAAAAGGAAUUUUCUUUCCUGUGACAUGUCUCCAGAGGGGCAUAGCCAGUAUCUGGAAAUAAAGGGUGAGUUCAGGGCAGAAGGAGUGAUAUUGUAGUUCUUAGGGAAUUGAUUUACUGAUUUGGGGCACCUUUGAGGGUUCCCCCGUCUCAUUUGUCCCAGUCAUUCAACCGUAAGUGGCUGACUGGGGUAUUUGCCUUCCAGUUUGGGAGGAGGGGCUGUCCUUGCUAAGGGUGGUGUGGUCACUCUGGUUAGUCAAGAAGAGUGGAAAAGGCGAGAGAUGAAUUUCUCAAACUUUUAUUGUUUAGAGUUCUGUUUUAGGGAUUUCCCCCACCUCACCACCACUUUCUCUAGGAACAUUGUAUACCUUCUCUGAUUAAGAGAAAGGGUCUACACUUCCUACUACAAGCUGCUAACGCUUACCACUUUCUCCCUCCUUCUGUAGGAUCCCUUUCCUAUUCUUCAUGUCUGUAAUUAUUGUUCUUUUUUUUCCCACUGUGCUUAAUUCCCUCUGAGAUCUAGGAAAAUAAUGCCCAAAGGUGUAAGUCUCAAAUUUUUUAGGUAUAACUUUAGUGUGUUUCAUUUGGCUCUGAUACAGGCACGCAUUUCUUAGAAGAAGGGACAAGGGACCGUUAUUCCCCACCCCCAUGUAUGUGUGUGGAAACCCUGCUUGAGGGAAGAGGAAGGAAGCUACUCCGCUGUGCUGUGCUAUGUCCUGCCCUGUUUAGAACUCCUCUGAGUGGCUGUAUGCUUCCUGAGACUACAACUCCCAGCAUGCUUAGCCUCAGGCCUGGCUACACAUGCUCAGUAACUCUCAAGGUCCACUUCUGUUAACUACUAGGGAUAUCUGAAGAGGAAGGGCAGUUGGUGUUGCUAAGGGCAAUGACCUGAGACCUUCAGGCUGGGUGAGACCCUGAGCUCAGUUAGGGCAUGGGCCAGGGGUUGGUCUGGGCUGGAUUUGGGUUGGAAGUGGGUGGAAAUUAGGGAGUUUCUUCUUUUGUAAUGGUGAUGUCCUCGUAGAAACAAGUGGCGGUGGGGGAGAUCCAUCCAGUAGUGUGUUCCAUCUCUUGCAGUGCCUCAGACUCUGCCUCUGGGAGAGAGAUUUUUGCUGGACUCAGGCUUCCUGGGUCAUGACUACCCCUGGCUUGGCCUAGACUGGCCUCUAGAAUGGCAGCUUACUUGAGACUUGAGGGAAAGGUGUGGGAAUAGGGCUCACCAAAAGCCAAAAACCCAGAGGCGAGGCAAAGAGCAGUAUUAGAUAUAAAUGGAUAUGCUUCUAGUUGGAUGCUGUGGCCCCAGGAACUCUUACAGAGGAGGCUGGAAGUGGGAAAGUCAAAUGGAUCCCUUGAGAAUCUCUCCAGAGUGUGAGAAGAGGGUCUCCCCGAGAGGGCCCUGCCCAGUCGGAGAGAGGGAUGGACAGCCAGAAGCUGGCUGGUGAGGAUAAAGAUUCAGAACCGGCAGCUGAUGGACCUGCAGCUUCUGAGGACCCAAGUGCCACUGAGUCAGACCUGCCCAACCCACAUGUGGGAGAGGUCUCUGUCCUUAGUUCUGGGAGUCCCAGGCUUCAGGAGACUCCUCAGGACUGCAGUGGGGGUCCGGUGCGGCGUUGUGCUCUCUGUAACUGCGGGGAGCCCAGUCUACACGGGCAGCGGGAGCUACGGCGCUUUGAGUUGCCAUUUGAUUGGCCCCGGUGUCCAGUGGUGUCCCCUGGGGGGAGCCCAGGGCCCAGUGAGGCAGUGCUGCCCAGUGAGGACCUAUCACAGAUUGGUUUCCCUGAGGGCCUUACACCUGCCCACCUAGGAGAACCUGGAGGGUCCUGCUGGGCUCACCAUUGGUGUGCUGCAUGGUCGGCAGGCGUGUGGGGGCAGGAGGGCCCAGAACUAUGUGGUGUGGACAAGGCCAUCUUCUCAGGGAUCUCACAGCGCUGCUCCCACUGCACCAGGCUCGGUGCCUCCAUCCCUUGCCGCUCACCUGGAUGUCCACGGCUUUACCACUUCCCCUGCGCGACUGCCAGUGGUUCCUUCCUUUCCAUGAAAACACUGCAGCUGCUAUGCCCAGAGCACAGUGAGGGGGCUGCACAUCUGGAGGAGGCUCGCUGUGCAGUGUGUGAGGGGCCAGGGGAGUUGUGUGACCUGUUCUUUUGUACCAGCUGUGGACAUCACUAUCACGGGGCCUGCCUGGACACUGCUCUGACUGCCCGCAAACGUGCUGGCUGGCAGUGCCCUGAAUGCAAAGUGUGCCAAGCCUGCAGGAAACCUGGGAAUGACUCUAAGAUGUUGGUUUGUGAGACGUGUGACAAAGGAUACCAUACUUUCUGCCUAAAACCACCCAUGGAGGAACUGCCUGCUCACUCUUGGAAGUGCAAGGCAUGCCGGGUGUGCCGGGCCUGUGGGGCGGGCUCAGCAGAACUGAAUCCCAACUCGGAGUGGUUUGAGAACUACUCUCUCUGUCACCGCUGUCACAAAGCCCAGGGAGGUCAGCCUGUCAGCUCCGUUGCUGAGCAGCAUACCCCUGUGUGUAGCAGAUUUUCACCCCCAGAGCCUGGCGAUACCCCCACUGAUGAGCCUGAUGCUCUGUACGUUGCAUGCCAAGGGCAGCCAAAGGGUGGGCACGUGACCUCUAUGCAACCCAAGGAACCGGGGCCCCUGCAAUGUGAAGCCAAACCACUAGGGAGAGCAGGGGUCCAACUUGAGCCCCAGUUGGAGGCCCCCCUAAAUGAGGAGAUGCCACUGCUGCCCCCACCUGAGGAGUCACCCCUGUCCCCACCACCUGAGGAAUCACCCACGUCCCCACCACCUGAGGCAUCACGCCUGUCCCCGCCACCUGAGGAAUCGCCCACAUCCCCGCUUCCUGAGGCAUUGCACCUGUCCCAGCCGCCAGAGGAAUCGCCCCUCUCUCCGCCGCCUGAGGAGUCUCCUCUGUCUCCGCCACCUCAAUCAUCACCUUUUUCUCCACUGGAGGAGUCGCCCUUCUCUCCACCGAAAGAGUCACCCCCAUCUCCUGCACUUGAGACGCCUCUAUCCCCACCACCUGAAGCAUCGCCCCUGUCCCCACCAUUUGAGGAAUCUCCUUUGUCCCCACCACCUGAGGAAUUGCCCACUUCCCCGCCACCUGAAGCAUCUCGCCUGUCUCCACCGCCCGAGGAGUCACCCAUGUCCCCUCCACCUGAAGAGUCACCCAUGUCUCCACCACCGGAGGCAUCUCGUCUGUUCCCACCAUUUGAAGAGUCUCCUCUGUCCCCUCCACCUGAGGAGUCUCCCCUCUCCCCACCACCUGAGGCAUCACGCCUGUCCCCACCACCUGAGGACUCGCCUAUGUCCCCACCACCUGAAGAAUCACCUAUGUCCCCCCCACCUGAGGUCUCGCGCCUAUGCCCCCUGCCUGUGGUGUCACGCCUGUCCCCACCGCCUGAGGAAUCUCCCUUGUCCCCACCACCUGAGGAGUCUCCCACGUCCCCUCCACCUGAGGCUUCACGCCUCUCCCCACCACCUGAGGACUCCCCCACAUCCCCACCACCUGAGGACUCACCUGCUCCCCCACGACCGGAGGACUCGCUCAUGUCCCUGCCGCUGGAGGAGUCACCCCUGUCACCACUACCUGAGGAGCCGCAACUCUGCCCCCCGUCCGAGGAGCCGCGCCUGUCACCCCGGCCUGAGGAGCCACACCUGCCCCUGCAGCCUGAGGAGCCACACCUGUCCCCCCGGCCUGAGGAGCCGCACCUAUCUCCGCAGGCUGAGGAGCCACACCUGUCCCCCCAGCCUGAGGAGCCAUGCCUGUGCGCUGUGCCUGAGGAGCCACACUUGUCCCCCCAGGCUGAGGGACCACAUCUGUCCCCUCAGCCUGAGGAAUUGCACCUGUCCCCCAAGACUGAGGAGCCGCACCUGUCUCCUGUGCCUGAGGAGCCAUGCUUGUCCCCCCAGCCUGAGGAAUCACACCUGUCCCCCCAGUCUGAGGAACCAUGCCUGUCCCCCCGGCCUGAGGAAUUGCAUCUGUCCCCUCAGCUUGAGGAGCCACCCCUGUCCCCUCGGCCUGAAGAGCCCGCUGAGGAGCCAGGCCAAUGCCCUGCACCUGAGGAGCUGCCCUUGUUCCCUCCCCAUGGGGAACCAUCCUUAUCUCCCUUGCUUGGAGAGCCAGCCCUGUCUGAGCCUGGGGAACCACCUCUGUCCCCUCUGCCCGAGGAGUUGCCCUUGUCCCCAUCUGGGGAGCCAUCCUUAUCACCUCAGCUGAUGCCACCAGAUCCCCUUCCUCCUCCGCUCUCACCCAUUAUCACAGCUGUGGCCCCACCGGCCCUGUCUCCUUUGGGGGAGUUAGAGUACCCCUUUGGUGCCAAAGGGGACAGUGACCCUGAGUCACCCUUGGCUGCCCCCAUCCUGGAGACACCCAUCAGCCCUCCACCAGAAGCUAACUGCACUGACCCUGAGCCUGUCCCCCCUAUGAUCCUUCCCCCAUCUCCAGGCUCCCCAAUGGGGCCGGCUUCUCCCAUCCUGAUGGAUCCCCUUCCCCCUCAGUGUUCGCCACUCCUUCAGCAUUCCCUGGCUCCCCAAAACUCCCCUCCUUCUCAGUGCUCUCCUCCUGCCCUGCCACUGUCCGUUCCCUCCCCGUUGAGUCCCAUAGGGAAGGUAGUGGGGGUCUCAGAUGAGGCUGAGCUGCACGAGAUGGAGACGGAGAAAGUUUCAGAACCUGAAUGCCCAGCCUUGGAACCCAGUGCCACCAGUCCUCUCCCUUCCCCAAUGGGGGACCUUUCCUGCCCCGCCCCCAGCCCUGCCCCAGCCCUGGAUGACUUCUCUGGCCUAGGGGAAGACACAGCCCCUCUGGAUGGGAUUGAUGCUCCGGGUUCACAGCCAGAGGCUGGACAGACCCCUGGCAGUUUGGCUAGUGAACUUAAAGGCUCCCCUGUGCUCCUGGACCCUGAGGAGCUGGCCCCCGUGACCCCUAUGGAGGUCUACCCUGAAUGUAAGCAGACAGCAGGGCAGGGCUCACCAUGUGAAGAACAGGAAGAGCCACGUGCACCGGUGGCCCCCACACCGCCCACUCUCAUCAAAUCCGACAUCGUUAAUGAGAUCUCUAAUCUGAGCCAGGGCGAUGCCAGUGCCAGUUUUCCUGGCUUAGAGCCCCUCCUGGGCUCUCCAGACCCAGAGGGUGGUGGCUCCCUGUCCAUGGAGCUGGGGGUCUCUACGGAUGUUAGUCCAGCCCGAGAUGAGGGCUCCCUACGGCUCUGUACCGACUCACUGCCAGAGACUGAUGACUCACUAUUGUGCGACGCUGGGACAGCUAUCAGUGGAGGCAAAGCUGAGGGGGAGAAGGGGCGGCGGCGCAGCUCCCCAGCCCGUUCCCGCAUCAAACAGGGUCGCAGCAGCAGUUUCCCAGGAAGACGCCGGCCUCGUGGAGGAGCCCAUGGAGGACGUGGUAGAGGACGGGCCCGGUUAAAGUCAACUGCUUCUUCCAUUGAGACUCUGGUAGUUGCUGACAUUGAUAGCUCUCCCAGUAAGGAGGAGGAGGAAGAAGAUGAUGACACCAUGCAGAAUACCGUGGUUCUCUUCUCCAACACAGACAAAUUUGUCCUAAUGCAGGACAUGUGUGUGGUAUGUGGCAGCUUUGGCCGGGGGGCAGAGGGCCACCUCCUUGCCUGUUCGCAGUGCUCUCAGUGCUAUCACCCUUACUGUGUCAACAGCAAGAUCACCAAGGUGAUGCUGCUCAAGGGCUGGCGUUGUGUGGAGUGUAUUGUGUGUGAGGUGUGUGGCCAGGCCUCCGACCCCUCACGCCUGCUGCUCUGUGAUGACUGUGAUAUUAGCUACCACACAUACUGCCUGGACCCCCCACUGCUCACCGUCCCCAAGGGCGGCUGGAAGUGCAAGUGGUGUGUGUCCUGUAUGCAGUGUGGGGCUGCUUCCCCUGGCUUCCACUGUGAAUGGCAGAAUAGUUACACACACUGUGGGCCCUGUGCCAGCCUGGUGACCUGCCCUAUCUGUCAUGCUCCUUAUGUAGAAGAGGACCUACUAAUCCAGUGCCGCCACUGUGAACGGUGGAUGCAUGCUGGCUGUGAGAGCCUCUUCACAGAGGAUGAUGUGGAGCAGGCAGCCGAUGAAGGCUUUGACUGUGUCUCCUGCCAGCCCUAUGUGGUAAAGCCUGUGGCGCCUGUUGCACCUCCAGAGCUGGUGCCCAUGAAGGUGAAAGAGCCAGAGCCCCAGUACUUUCGCUUCGAAGGUGUGUGGCUGACAGAAACUGGCAUGGCCUUGCUGCGUAACCUGACCAUGUCACCCCUGCACAAGCGGCGCCAACGGCGAGGACGGCUUGGCCUCCCAGGCGAGGCAGGAUUGGAGGGUUCUGAGCCCUCAGAUGCCCUUGGCCCUGAUGACAAGAAGGAUGGAGACCUGGACACCGAUGAGCUGCUCAAGGGUGAAGGUGGCGUGGAGCACAUGGAGUGCGAAAUUAAACUGGAGGGCCCUGUCAGCCCUGAUGUGGAGCCUGGCAAAGAGGAGACCGAGGAAAGCAAAAAACGCAAGCGUAAACCUUAUCGGCCUGGCAUUGGUGGCUUCAUGGUGCGACAGCGGAAAUCCCACACACGCACGAAAAAGGGGCCUGCUGCACAGGCGGAGGUGUUGAGUGGGGAUGGGCAGCCCGACGAGGGUGAGACGGUGAUACCUGCUGACCUGCCUGCAGAGGGAGCUGUGGAGCAGAGCUUAGCGGAAGGGGAUGAGAAGAAGAAGCAACAGCGGCGAGGGCGCAAGAAGAGCAAACUGGAGGACAUGUUCCCUGCUUACCUGCAGGAAGCCUUCUUUGGGAAGGAGCUGCUGGACCUGAGCCGUAAGGCCCUUUUUGCAGUUGGGGUGGGCCGGCCAGGCUUUGGACUAGGGACCCCAAAAGCCAAGGGAGAUGGAGGCUCAGAAAGGAAGGAACUCCCCACAUCGCAGAAAGGAGAUGAUGGUCCAGAUAUUGCAGAUGAAGAAUCCCGUGGCCUCGAGGGCAAAGCUGAUACACCAGGACCUGAGGAUGGGGGCGUGAAGGCAUCCCCAGUGCCCAGUGACCCUGAGAAGCCAGGCACCCCAGGGGAAGGGAUGCUUAGCUCUGACUUAGACAGGAUUUCCACAGAAGAACUGCCCAAGAUGGAAUCCAAGGACCUGCAGCAGCUCUUCAAGGAUGUUCUGGGCUCUGAACGAGAACAGCAUCUGGGUUGUGGAACCCCUGGCCUAGAAGGCAGCCGUACGCCACUGCAGAGGCCCUUUCUUCAAGGUGGACUCCCUUUGGGCAAUCUGCCUUCCAGCAGUCCAAUGGACUCCUACCCAGGCCUCUGCCAGUCCCCAUUCCUGGAUUCUAGGGAGCGCGGGGGCUUCUUUAGCCCGGAACCCGGUGAGCCCGACAGCCCUUGGACAGGCUCAGGUGGCACCACGCCCUCCACCCCCACAACCCCCACCACAGAGGGUGAGGGCGACGGACUCUCCUAUAACCAGCGGAGUCUUCAGCGCUGGGAGAAGGAUGAGGAGUUGGGCCAGCUGUCCACCAUCUCACCCGUGCUCUAUGCCAACAUUAAUUUUCCUAAUCUCAAGCAAGAUUACCCAGACUGGUCAAGCCGUUGCAAACAAAUCAUGAAGCUCUGGAGAAAGGUUCCAGCAGCUGACAAAGCCCCCUACCUGCAAAAGGCCAAAGAUAACCGGGCAGCUCACCGCAUCAACAAGGUGCAGAAGCAGGCUGAGAGCCAGAUCAACAAGCAGACCAAGGUGGGCGACAUAGCCCGUAAGACUGACCGACCGGCCCUACAUCUCCGCAUUCCCCCGCAGCCAGGGGCACUGGGCAGCCCGCCCCCCGCUGCUGCCCCCACCAUUUUCAUUGGCAGCCCCACUACCCCCGCCGGCUUGUCUACCUCUGCGGACGGGUUCCUGAAGCCGCCGGCGGGCUCGGUGCCUGGCCCUGACUCGCCUGGUGAGCUUUUCCUUAAGCUCCCACCCCAGGUGCCCGCCCAAGUGCCUUCGCAGGACCCCUUUGGACUGGCCCCUGCCUAUCCCCUGGAGCCCCGCUUCCCCACGGCACCACCUACCUAUCCCCCCUAUCCUAGUCCGACGGGGGCCCCUGCGCAGACCCCAAUGCUGGGCGCCUCAUCUCGUCCUGGGACUGGCCAGCCAGGGGAAUUCCACACUACCCCACCUGGCACCCCCAGACACCAGCCCUCCACACCUGACCCAUUCCUCAAACCCCGCUGCCCCUCGCUGGAUAACUUGGCUGUGCCUGAGAGCCCUGGGGUAGGGGGAGGCAAAGCUUCCGAGCCCCUGCUCUCGCCCCCACCUUUUGGGGAGUCCCGGAAAGCCCUAGAGGUGAAGAAGGAAGAGCUUGGGGCAUCCUCUCCUAGCUAUGGGCCCCCAAACCUGGGCUUUGUUGACUCACCCUCCUCAGGCCCCCACCUGGGUGGCCUGGAGUUAAAGACACCUGAUGUCUUCAAAGCCCCCCUGACCCCUCGGGCAUCUCAGGUAGAGCCCCAGAGCCCGGGCUUGGGCCUAAGGCCCCAGGAGCCACCCCCUGCCCAGGCUUUGGCACCUUCUCCUCCAAGUCACCCGGACAUCUUUCGCCCUGGCUCCUACCCUGACCCCUAUGCUCAGCCCCCACUAACUCCUCGGCCCCAGCCUCCGCCCCCUGAGAGCUGCUGUGCUCUGCCCCCUCGCUCACUGCCCUCUGACCCUUUCUCCCGAGUGCCUGCCAGUCCUCAGUCCCAGUCCAGCUCCCAGUCUCCACUGACACCCCGUCCUCUGUCUGCUGAAGCUUUUUGCCCAUCCCCUGUUACCCCUCGCUUCCAGUCCCCUGACCCUUAUUCUCGCCCACCCUCACGCCCUCAGUCCCGUGAUCCAUUUGCCCCAUUGCAUAAGCCACCCCGACCCCAGCCCCCUGAAGUUGCCUUUAAGGCUGGGUCUCUAGCCCACACUUCGCUGGGGGCUGGGGGUUUCCCAGCAGCCCUGCCCUCGGGGCCAGCAGGUGAGCUCCAUGCCAAGGUCCCAAGUGGGCAGCCCCCCAAUUUUGUCCGGUCCCCUGGGACGGGCGCAUUAGUGGGCACCCCCUCUCCCAUGCGUUUCACUUUCCCUCAGGCAGUAGGAGAGCCUUCCCUAAAGCCCCCUGUCCCUCAGCCUGGUCUCCCGCCACCCCAUGGGAUCAACAGCCAUUUUGGGCCCGGCCCCACCUUGGGCAAGCCUCAAAGCACAAACUACACAGUAGCCACAGGGAACUUCCACCCAUCGGGCAGCCCCCUGGGGCCCAGCAGCGGGUCCACAGGGGAGAGCUAUGGGCUGUCCCCGCUACGCCCUCCGUCAGUUCUGCCACCACCUGCACCCGACGGAUCCCUCCCCUACCUGUCCCAUGGAGCCUCACAGAGAUCAGGCAUCACCUCUCCUGUCGAAAAGCGAGAAGACCCAGGGGCUGGAAUGGGUAGCUCUUUGGCGACAGCUGAACUCCCAGGUACCCAGGACCCAGGCAUGUCCGGCCUUAGCCAAACAGAGUUGGAGAAGCAACGGCAGCGCCAGCGACUACGAGAGCUGCUGAUUCGGCAGCAGAUCCAGCGCAACACCCUGCGGCAGGAGAAGGAAACAGCUGCAGCAGCUGCAGGAGCAGUGGGGCCUCCAGGCAGCUGGGGUGCUGAGCCCAGCAGCCCUGCCUUUGAGCAGCUGAGUCGAGGCCAGACCCCCUUUGCUGGGACACAGGACAAGAGCAGCCUUGUGGGGUUGCCCCCAAGCAAGCUGAGUGGCCCCAUCCUGGGGCCAGGGUCCUUCCCUAGCGAUGACCGACUCUCCCGGCCACCUCCACCAGCCACGCCUUCCUCUAUGGAUGUGAACAGCCGGCAACUGGUAGGAGGCUCCCAAGCUUUCUAUCAGCGAGCACCCUAUCCUGGGUCCCUGCCCUUACAGCAGCAACAGCAACAACUGUGGCAGCAACAACAGGCAACAGCAGCAACCUCCAUGCGAUUUGCCAUGUCAGCUCGCUUUCCAUCAACUCCUGGACCUGAACUUGGCCGCCAAGCCCUAGGUUCCCCGUUGGCGGGAAUUCCCACCCGUCUGGCAGGCCCUGGUGAGCCAGUGCCUGGUCCAGCUGGUCCUGCCCAGUUCAUUGAGCUUCGGCACAAUGUACAGAAAGGACUGGGACCUGGGGGCACUCCGUUUCCUGGUCAGGGCCCACCUCAGAGACCCCGUUUUUACCCUGUAAGUGAGGACCCCCACCGACUGGCUCCUGAAGGGCUUCGGGGCCUGGCGGUAUCAGGUCUUCCCCCACAGAAACCCUCAGCCCCACCGGCCCCUGAAUUGAACAACAGUCUUCAUCCGACACCCCAUGCCAAGGGUCCUACCCUGCCAACUGGCUUGGAGCUGGUCAACCGGCCCCCCUCGAGCACUGAGCUUGUCCGCCCCACUCCUCUGGCCCUGGAAGCUGGGAAGUUGCCCUGUGAGGAUCCUGAGCUGGAUGAUGAUUUUGAUGCCCACAAGGCCCUAGAGGAUGAUGAAGAGCUUGCUCACCUGGGUCUGGGUGUGGAUGUGGCCAAGGGUGAUGAUGAACUGGGCACCUUAGAAAACCUGGAGACCAAUGACCCCCACUUGGAUGACCUGCUCAAUGGAGACGAGUUUGACCUGCUGGCAUAUACUGAUCCUGAGCUGGACACUGGGGACAAGAAGGAUAUCUUCAAUGAGCACCUCAGGCUGGUAGAAUCGGCUAAUGAGAAGGCUGAACGGGAGGCCCUGCUGCGGGGGGUGGAGCCAGGACCCUUGGGCCCUGAGGAGCGCCCUCCCCCUGCUGCUGAUGCCUCUGAGCCCCGCCUGGCAUCUGUUCUCCCUGAGGUGAAGCCCAAGGUGGAGGAGGGUGGACGCCACCCUUCCCCUUGCCAGUUCACCAUUGCUACCCCCAAAGUAGAGCCCGCACCUGCUGCCAAUUCCCUUGGCCUGGGGCUAAAGCCAGGACAGAGUGUGAUGGGCAGCAGGGAUACCCGGAUGGGCACAGGGUCAUUUUCUAGCAGUGGGCACACAGCUGAGAAGGGCUCCUUUGGGGCCACAGGAGGACCACCAGCUCACCUGCUGACCCCCAGCCCACUGAGUGGCCCAGGAGGAUCCUCCCUGCUGGAAAAAUUUGAGCUCGAGAGUGGGGCUUUGACCUUGCCUGGUGGACCUGCAGCAUCUGGGGAUGAGCUAGACAAGAUGGAGAGCUCACUGGUAGCCAGCGAGUUACCCCUGCUCAUUGAGGACCUGUUGGAGCAUGAGAAGAAGGAGCUGCAGAAGAAGCAGCAGCUUUCAGCACAGUUGCAGCCUGCCCAGCAGCAGCAGCAACAGCAGCAGCAGCAUUCCCUACUAUCUGCACCAGGCCCUGCCCAGGCCAUGUCUUUGCCACAUGAGGGCUCUUCUCCCAGUUUGGCUGGGUCCCAACAGCAGCUUUCCCUGGGUCUUGCAGGUGCCCGACAGCCAGGCUUGCCCCAGCCACUGAUGCCCACCCAGCCACCAGCUCAUGCCCUCCAGCAACGCCUGGCUCCGUCCAUGGCUAUGGUGUCCAAUCAAGGGCAUAUGCUAAGUGGGCAGCAUGGAGGGCAGGCAAGCUUGGUACCCCAGCAGAGCUCACAGCCAGUGCUAUCACAGAAGCCCAUGGGCACCAUGCCACCUUCCAUGUGCAUGAAGCCGCAGCAACUGGCAAUGCAGCAGCAGCUGGCAAACAGCUUCUUCCCAGAUACAGACCUGGACAAAUUUGCUGCAGAAGAUAUCAUUGAUCCCAUUGCAAAGGCCAAGAUGGUGGCUUUGAAAGGCAUCAAGAAAGUGAUGGCUCAGGGCAGCAUUGGGGUGGCACCUGGUAUGAACAGACAGCAAGUGUCUCUGCUAGCCCAGAGGCUCUCGGGAGGACCUGGCAGUGAUCUGCAGAACCAUGUGGCAGCUGGGAGUGGCCAGGAGCGGAGUGCUGGUGAUCCCUCCCAGCCUCGUCCCAACCCGCCCACUUUUGCUCAGGGAGUGAUCAAUGAAGCUGACCAGCGGCAGUAUGAGGAGUGGCUGUUCCAUACCCAGCAGCUCCUACAGAUGCAGCUGAAGGUGCUAGAGGAGCAGAUUGGUGUACACCGCAAGUCCCGGAAGGCUCUGUGUGCCAAGCAGCGCACUGCCAAAAAAGCUGGCCGUGAGUUCCCAGAAGCUGAUGCUGAGAAGCUCAAGCUGGUUACAGAGCAGCAGAGCAAGAUCCAGAAACAACUGGAUCAGGUCCGGAAACAGCAGAAGGAGCACACUAAUCUCAUGGCGGAAUAUCGGAACAAGCAGCAGCAACAGCAGCAGCAGCAGCAGCAGCAACAACAACACUCAGCUGUGCUGGCUCUCAGCCCUUCCCAGAGUCCCCGGCUGCUCACCAAGCUCCCUGGUCAGCUGCUCCCUGGCCAUGGGCUGCAGCCACCACAGGGGCCUCCGGGUGGGCAAGCUGGAGGUCUUCGCCUGCCCCCUGGGGGUAUGGCACUACCUGGACAGCCUGGUGGCCCCUUCCUUAAUACAGCUCUGGCCCAACAGCAGCAACAGCAACAUUCUGGUGGGGCUGGAUCCCUGGCUGGCCCCUCAGGGGGCUUCUUCCCUGGCAACCUUGCUCUUCGAAGCCUCGGACCUGAUUCAAGGCUUUUACAGGAAAGGCAGCUGCAGCUGCAGCAGCAACGUAUGCAGCUGGCCCAGAAACUGCAGCAGCAGCAGCAACAGCAGCAGCAGCAGCAGCACCUUCUAGGACAGGUGGCAAUCCAGCAGCAACAGCAGCAGGGGCCUGGAGUACAGACAAACCAAGCUCUGGGUCCCAAGCCCCAGGGGCUUCUGCCUCCCAGCAGCCACCAAGGCCUCCUGGUCCAGCAGCUGUCCCCUCAACCACCCCAGGGGCCCCAGGGCAUGCUGGGCCCUGCCCAGGUGGCUGUGUUGCAGCAGCAGCACCCUGGAGCUUUGGGCCCCCAGGGCCCUCACAGACAGGUGCUUAUGACCCAGUCCCGGGUGCUCAGUUCCCCCCAGCUGGCACAGCAGGGUCAGGGCCUUAUGGGACACAGGCUGGUCACAGCCCAGCAGCAGCAACAACAGCACCAACAGCAAGGGUCCAUGGCAGGGCUGUCCCAUCUUCAGCAGAGUCUGAUGUCACACAGUGGGCAGCCCAAACUGAGCGCUCAGCCCAUGGGCUCUUUACAGCAGCUUCAGCAGCAGCAGCAGCAGCAGCAGCAACUUCAGCAGCAGCAGCAGCAGCAGCAACUUCAGCAGCAGCAGCAGCAGCAGCAGCAGCAGCUACAACAGCAACAGCAACUUCAGCAGCAACAACUUCAACAGCAGCAACAGCAGCAGCAACAGCUUCAACAACAGCAGCAACAGCAGCAGCAACAGCUUCAACAACAGCAGCAACAGCAGCAGCAGCUUCAACAGCAACAACAGCAGCUACAACAGCAACAGCAGCAGCAGCAGCAGCUUCAACAGCAACAACAGCAGCUACAACAGCAACAGCAGCAGCUACAACAGCAACAGCAGCAGCAGCAGUUUCAACAGCAGCAGCAGCAACAGCAGCAGAUGGGCCUUUUAAACCAGAGUCGAACUUUACUGUCUCCUCAGCAACAACAGCAGCAGCAAGUGGCACUUGGCCCUGGCAUGCCAGCAAAGCCUCUUCAACACUUUUCUAGCCCUGGAGCCCUGGGCCCAACCCUCCUCCUGACGGGCAAGGAACAAAACACCAUAGACCCGGCUGUUUCUUCAGAGGCCACUGAGGGGCCCUCUACACAUCAGGGAGGGCCGUUAGCAAUAGGAACUACCCCUGAGUCAAUGACCACUGAACCAGGAGAGGUAAAGCCUUCACUCUCUGGGGACUCCCAACUCCUGCUUGUCCAACCCCAGCCCCAGCCUCAGCCCAGCUCUCUGCAGCUGCAGCCACCUCUGAGGCUUCCAGGACAACAGCAGCAGAAAGUUAGCCUGCUCCACACAGCAGGUGGAGGAAGCCAUGGGCAGCUAGGCAGUGGAUCAUCUUCUGAGGCCUCAUCUAUGCCCCACCUGCUGGCUCAGCCCUCUGUUUCCUUAGGGGAUCAGCCUGGGCCCAUGACCCAGAACCUUCUGGGCCCCCAACAGCCCAUGCUAGAGCGGCCCAUGCAAAAUAAUACAGGGCCACAACCUCCCAAACCAGGACCUGUCCUCCAGUCUGGGCAGGGUCUGCCUGGGGUUGGAAUCAUGCCUACGGUAGGUCAGCUUCGAGCGCAGCUCCAAGGAGUCCUGGCCAAAAACCCACAGCUGCGGCACUUAAGUCCUCAGCAGCAGCAGCAGCUACAGGCACUCCUCAUGCAGCGGCAGCUGCAGCAGAGUCAGGCAGUACGCCAGACCCCACCCUACCAGGAGCCUGGGACCCAGACCUCUCCCCUCCAGGGCCUCCUGGGCUGCCAACCUCAACUUGGGGGCUUCCCUGGACCACAGACAGGCCCCCUCCAGGAGCUAGGGGCAGGGCCUCGACCUCAGGGCCCACCCCGGCUCCCUGCCCCACCAGGAGCCUUAUCUACAGGACCAGUCCUUGGCCCUGUCCAUCCCACACCUCCACCAUCCAGCCCUCAAGAGCCAAAGAGACCUUCACAAUUACCUUCCCCCAGCUCCCAGCUUCCCACUGAGGCCCAGCUCCCUCCCACCCAUCCAGGGACCCCCAAACCCCAGGGGCCAACCUUGGAGCUGCCUCCUGGGAGGGUCUCACCUGCUGCUGCCCAGCUUGCAGAUACCUUGUUUGGCAAGGGUCUGGGACCUUGGGAUCCCUCAGACAACCUAGCAGAAACCCAGAAGCCAGAGCAGAGCAGCCUGGUACCUGGGCAUCUGGACCAGGUGAAUGGACAGGUGGUGCCUGAGGCAUCCCAACUCAGCAUCAAGCAGGAACCUCGGGAAGAGCCGUGUGCCCUGGGAGCCCAGUCAGUGAAGAGGGAGGCCAAUGGGGAGCCAAUAGGGGCACCAGGAACCAGCAACCACCUCCUGCUGGCCGGCCCUCGCUCAGAAGCUGGGCAUCUGCUCUUGCAGAAGCUACUCCGGGCAAAGAAUGUGCAGCUCAGCACUGGGCGGGGGUCUGAGGGGCUGCGAGCUGAGAUCAACGGGCACAUUGACAGCAAGCUGGCUGGGCUGGAGCAGAAACUACAGGGUACCCCCAGCAACAAGGAGGAUGCAGCAGCAAGGAAGCCUUUGACACCGAAGCCCAAGCGGGUACAGAAGGCAAGCGACAGGUUGGUGAGCUCCCGAAAGAAGCUGCGGAAGGAGGACGGGGUCAGGGCCAGCGAGGCCUUGCUGAAACAGCUGAAACAGGAGCUGUCCCUGCUGCCCCUAACGGAGCCUGCCAUCACCGCCAAUUUUAGCCUCUUUGCCCCCUUUGGCAGCGGCUGCCCAGUCAGUGGGCAGAGCCAGCUGAGGGGGGCCUUUGGAAGUGGGGCGCUGCCCACCGGCCCUGACUACUAUUCCCAGCUGCUUACCAAGAAUAACCUGAGUAACCCGCCGACACCACCCUCGUCGCUGCCCCCCACCCCACCCCCAUCGGUGCAGCAGAAGAUGGUGAAUGGCGUCACCCCAUCUGAAGAGCUGGGGGAGCACCCCAAGGAUGCUGCCUCUGCCCGGGAUACUGAAGGGGCACUGAGGGAUACUUCAGAGGUGAAGAGUCUAGACCUGCUGGCCGCCUUGCCUACACCCCCUCACAAUCAGACUGAGGAUGUCAGGAUGGAGAGUGAUGAGGAUAGCGAUUCUCCUGACAGCAUUGUGCCAGCUUCAUCUCCUGAGAGCAUCUUGGGAGAGGAGGCCCCUCGUUUCCCUCAUCUGGGCUCAGGCCGGUGGGAGCAAGAGGACCGGGCCCUCUCCCCUGUCAUCCCCCUCAUUCCUCGGGCCAGCAUCCCAGUCUUCCCAGAUACCAAACCUUAUGGGGCCCUUGACCUGGAGGUCCCUGGAAAGCUGCCUGCCACAACUUGGGAAAAGGGCAAAGGAAGUGAGGUGUCAGUCAUGCUCACAGUCUCUGCUGCUGCAGCCAAGAACCUGAAUGGCGUGAUGGUGGCAGUGGCAGAGCUGCUAAGCAUGAAGAUCCCCAAUUCCUAUGAGGUGCUGUUCCCAGAGAGCCCCGCCCGGGCAGGCACUGAGCUCAAGAAGGGGGAAGCUGAGGGUCCUGGUGGGAAGGAAAAGGGUCUGGGAGGCAAGAGCCCAGACACGGGCCCUGAUUGGCUGAAGCAGUUCGAUGCAGUGUUGCCUGGCUAUACCCUGAAGAGCCAACUAGACAUCUUGAGCCUCCUGAAACAGGAGAGCCCCGCCCCAGAGCCACCCACCCAGCACAGCUAUACCUGCAAUGUCUCCAAUCUGGAUGUGCGACAGCUCUCGGCCCCACCUCCUGAAGAACCCUCCCCGCCCCCUUCCCCCUUGGCACCUUCUCCUGCCAGUCCCCCUACUGAACCCUUGGUUGAACUUCCCGCCGAACCCUUGGCUGAGCCACCCGUCCCCUCACCUCUGCCACUGGCCUCAUCCCCUGAAUCAGCCCGACCCAAGCCCCGUGCCCGGCCUCCUGAAGAAGGUGAAGAUUCCCGUCCUCCUCGCCUCAAGAAAUGGAAAGGAGUGCGCUGGAAGCGGCUUCGGCUGCUGUUGACCAUCCAGAAGGGCAGUGGGCGGCAGGAGGAUGAGCGGGAAGUGGCAGAGUUUAUGGAGCAGCUUGGCACAGCCUUGCGACCUGACAAGGUACCACGAGACAUGCGUCGCUGCUGUUUCUGUCAUGAGGAGGGUGACGGGGCCACUGAUGGGCCUGCCCGCCUGCUGAACCUGGACCUGGACCUGUGGGUGCACCUCAACUGUGCCCUUUGGUCCACGGAGGUGUAUGAGACCCAGGGCGGGGCACUGAUGAAUGUGGAGGUUGCCCUGCACCGGGGACUGCUAACCAAGUGCUCCCUGUGCCAGCGAACUGGUGCCACCAGCAGCUGCAAUCGCAUGCGUUGCCCCAAUGUCUACCAUUUUGCUUGUGCCAUCCGUGCCAAGUGCAUGUUCUUCAAGGACAAGACCAUGCUGUGUCCAAUGCAUAAGAUCAAGGGGCCCUGUGAGCAAGAGCUGAGCUCUUUUGCUGUCUUCCGGCGGGUCUACAUUGAGCGGGACGAGGUGAAGCAAAUCGCCAGCAUCAUUCAGCGGGGAGAACGGCUGCACAUGUUCCGUGUGGGGGGCCUUGUGUUCCACGCCAUCGGACAGCUGCUGCCUCACCAGAUGGCUGACUUUCAUAGUGCCACUGCCCUCUAUCCCGUGGGCUACGAGGCCACGCGCAUCUAUUGGAGCCUCCGCACCAACAAUCGUCGCUGUUGCUAUCGCUGUUCUAUUGGUGAGAACAACGGGCGGCCAGAGUUUGUAAUCAAAGUCAUCGAGCAGGGCCUGGAGGACCUGGUCUUCACUGACGCCUCUCCCCAGGCCGUGUGGAAUCGCAUCAUUGAGCCUGUGGCUGCCAUGAGAAAAGAGGCUGACAUGCUGCGACUCUUCCCUGAGUAUCUGAAGGGCGAGGAGCUCUUUGGGCUGACGGUGCAUGCCGUGCUUCGCAUAGCUGAAUCACUGCCCGGGGUGGAGAGCUGUCAAAACUAUUUAUUCCGCUAUGGGCGCCACCCCCUUAUGGAGCUGCCACUCAUGAUCAACCCCACUGGCUGUGCCCGAUCAGAGCCUAAAAUCCUCACACACUACAAACGCGUUUUCACAUCCAUUAUCUCAUUUGAUCCUCACAACAACCUUAUGAGGCCCCAUACCCUGAACAGCACCAGCAUGUCUAAGGCAUAUCAGAGCACCUUCACAGGCGAGACCAACACCCCGUACAGCAAGCAGUUUGUGCACUCCAAGUCAUCUCAGUACCGGCGGCUGCGCACCGAAUGGAAGAACAACGUGUACCUGGCUCGCUCCCGUAUCCAGGGCCUGGGGCUCUAUGCAGCCAAGGACCUAGAAAAGCACACAAUGGUUAUCGAGUACAUUGGCACCAUCAUUCGGAACGAGGUGGCCAACCGGCGGGAGAAAAUCUACGAAGAGCAGAAUCGAGGCAUCUACAUGUUCCGAAUAAACAAUGAACAUGUGAUUGAUGCUACGUUGACCGGCGGCCCUGCCAGGUACAUUAACCAUUCCUGUGCCCCUAACUGUGUGGCCGAAGUCGUGACAUUUGACAAAGAGGACAAAAUCAUCAUCAUCUCCAGCCGGCGAAUCCCCAAAGGAGAGGAGCUAACCUAUGACUAUCAGUUUGAUUUUGAGGACGAUCAGCACAAGAUCCCCUGCCACUGUGGAGCCUGGAAUUGUCGGAAAUGGAUGAACUAAGAAGCUGUGAGGCUACCAGGCAGGGGAGUCCCCCUACCCACAACCUCUUCCCUGAAAGGGAUGAGGGGGAAGAGAGGUAGCAGCCAGAGCCAGGACCCAGGGCUGGGGCUGCCGGCUGACCGGAGCCCCUGGAGCAGGAGGCUGGGGCAGAGGGCCCUAGGCCAAGCCCACCCUGGGCACCAGGGACAACCCUCUUCCCCACCACCGGCCCUCAGGCUGGCAUCUCUGCCCCCAGCUCCAGGAGGGGCCAGACAGAAGCAGCCAUUGGGCAUCUCAGGUUUGAGGGGGAUAUGGGCCGGGAACUACCCAGAAGCAUCUGGGAGGCAGCAGGGUGGGGGAAGAGGAUGUGUGGCCGGGCCUCACAGCCCUGCUGCUCCCACUGACCUCUCCGGCCCAACUCAAGGCUGCAAAGAGACUUGACUAAGCUUGACAAUCCCAAAGGCCGGGUCCCACACCUGGCCCUGCCUGCCGGGUCCUGCCCCCACCCUCACCCCCAUCCCCCUCCCUCUUGAUCUGUCUCUGUUUCCCUCUUUUCCUCUGUGUUUCUGUCUCUCUAUGGGUUGUGUUUCCUUGUUUUCCACUCUGACAAAUGCAACAUGAACGGGAAAGAGGCGCCCAGCUGCCUAGGAGGGCAAGCUGGGCAAGCCGGGCAAGGAGACCCCGCACCCACACCUACCUCAUUUAAGUGUUGGAUUUUUUGCUGUUUUGAAAUGUGAGACCCUCUCCAAGCCCCCUACUGCCCCAACCCUCUCCCCCACCUCACUGCCCUCUUCUGAGUGGGUGGAAGGGGGGUAGGAGGAGGAAGAAAAACAACAACAAAAAAUCCAUCUUUGUUUUUAAUUAUGGGCAUGGGAUGGUGGUUGAGGCAAAUGUUGAUGAAGAUUGGGGAUGACUGGCCCCUAGUUGCUCUAGGACUUCCUUCUCCAUCUGGACAUGGGGGGCAGGAGGGAGCUAAACCUAGGACCAGGAUAUCUCCCUCCUGUUUUCCCAACCCCAUCAUGAGCCCGUUUGCCCUCCAGCCCCUGGACGGGUUGGGUGGGGGAUAGGGUGAGGGCUAUCCCUGAGUGGCAUGCCCAUACCUAGUGAGGCAGGGUGUGGCCCGGAGCUCCCACUUUCCCUCAGUCACCAAACUGCUGCUGGUCUGGUGGGAAGGGGUGGUGAUGUGGGGGUGGGGGAGCUUAGUGUCAGCGCGGGGAGGGUGGGGGGUAUUUAUCUAUUUAUACAUGGGAUUGUACAUAGUCUUGUGGGGCAUGGGGGAGCCGGCUGGAGGUGAGAACCCUCCCCUCUCCCCCCACCCCCGGGGAGAGCAAAUGUAAAACUACUAAUUUUUGUGCUUUAUAUAUUCUAUAUAAAUAUAUCUAUUUUCUUUUUACAAAACCAGUUUAUAAAUGGUAGGGGGGUGUGGGGCGGACACAUGGAGCUCCCCUUGUGGGGGGGCCCCCUCCAUUACCCAACCUACCGCCCUUUUCCUCACCCCCCACCCCACUCCCCACCCCCUGGCUGUGACUGCUGUAAGUUGGGGGUAUAGAGGCUGGGCAAUUCCCACCCCCUGUUGUAUAGUUGGACUAUGUUAUAACGCACAAAAGAGAGCUGACCCCAGGGGGAGCCAGAGGGUGAUGGGUUCCUUGUCUCCCUUCCCUUCCCCUUUCUGCCCAAGCUUGUGCUGCAGUUGAACCUCUUCCUGGGGGUGGGGGUAGGUAAGGGGUGGGUGAGGCCCCAAACCCCUCUCUGGUAGGGAACCGUGGGGAUGAAGAUGAAGCUUAUAUGCAGUUCUCUUCUAGGGGCUGUGGGCAAAGGGCAUUUUGUAAUUAAUAUUUUCAAGAAUCAGAUGUCUGGAGUGUAGGGGUGGGCUUGGUGGUGGUGAACGGGCGGGCCUUCUGGAGGGGGAGCUUGGUCGCUGUUGUGAUUUUAGGUUUGUUUUUGUUUUGUUUUGAAUUUGGGGGGUUGUGGAUUGUUGGGGGUAGGGAGUUUUUUUUUUUUUUAAAGCUGCUUCCUCAACUGUUUCAAGCUGCAAAUGUUUAAGAGAAUAACACCCCCCACUCCCACAGGAACCGCUGUAAUUAAAUCAGACAGUAGGAAGACUGGGCUGCUACCCUCAAAGCCACAGCCCUUGGAUGUUCCUUUUCCGAGAGCAGAAGGUCUAGGCUACAGGGAGGCGGAGAUUGGCUCCCGUGAGUCAGGCUGUGUUUGGGGCUUGGGCCCUGGGAUUGGGAAAAGGGGAUGGGGCAGACUUUGUAAGCAUAUGCUAGGUAUCCGAUAGUCCUGUAGAAUUUAGUGAAGAAACCUUAUACAGUUUUUAAUUUUUAUAUAAACUAUAACUCAGACCCAAGCUACAAGGUUGGAAUUUUGGUUGGUUUUUUUAAGUACCCUGCCUGUAUAAUUGCAUCAGAACCCCCCCCCACCCCCCGCCCCCGUGUUUGUAUUUUGGGUUGGUUUACACUCACACAUACUCAAUUUUCAGUUUUCCCCUUUACAGUCUUCUCCCCGCACCUCCAGGACCCUCCCCCUUUUUAAAAAAUAAAUCGCUGACAAGUGUGAAUCCCGCGAAGACUUUAUUUUGUGUUGUGUGUAUCCUGUACAGCAAGGUUGGUCCUUCGUAACAACGGAUGAAAUGGUUCCCUUUUUUAAAGCGCCCUCUCUCCCUCCACCCUCAGCGCCCCUGUCCUUGGCAUGUUUUGUAUCAGCGAUCAUUCUGAACUGUACAUAAUUUAUGUUGCGAGAGGCAAAGGGCAAGUUUUGGAUUUUGCUUCUUCCAAGUUUGUUUUUAAACGACAAAUAAAAAAAGAACAUUUUAAAUACAA